AUGUCCGCCAUCACUCAAAGCGAAGCGCUUGUAUCCAGGGGCCCAUUUUCAGAAAGCAAAUGGGCCAUCGAACCUGUCACCCUCCGACCGCUCAAGGCGGAUGAAGUGACUGUUCAAAUAAUCGCAUCCGGUAUUUGCCAUACCGAUUUACAUUGUGGAAACACCGCCGAAGAGGAAAACGUACCGGGUGUUUUCUAUCCCCGAGUACUCGGACAUGAAGGGUCCGGAUACGUCGUUGCGACAGGAGAAAAUGUAACAAAAUUGAAGCCUGGCGAUGCCGUCCUACUUUCAUUUUCUUACUGUGGCGACUGCUACGUGUGUAAGACGGGGCCAAAAUCCCACUGUACCAAUUUUUUCGAAAUCAACUUCGUGGGCGAGCCUGCUUUCUCUGAAAAUAUUGGAGGUCGAUUCUUUGGCCAAUCAAGCUUUGCCAAACACACUAUCGUCAGCGACAAGUCAGUCGUGAAUGUCACGGGUCUUGACCUUAGCAAAGAUGAUCUCAAGCUUUUGGCGCCUCUGGGGUGCGGUUUCCAAACCGGCAGCGGCACUAUAAUCAACGUUGCAAAAGCAGGCCCCGAUGACUGCGUUACUAUUGUUGGCAUGGGAGGUGUUGGCCUCGCAGCCGUGAUGGCAGCCAAAAAUCAAAAGUGCAAGGUCAUUAUUGGAAUUGACCGAAUCGAGGCAAGGCUUCAGCUUGCGCAGUCCCUCGGGGCGACGCAUGUUAUCAAUACGACUGGACUUACAAUGGAUGAGGUGUCUGCGAAGAUCAAACUCGCUGCAGAUGGGAUUGGCUCAACCAUUUCUAUUGAUACGAGCGCUCAUCCCCCUCUUUUGGCGGCACAAAUCGCGGCCUCUCGGUACAUGGCUAAAAUUAUUCAAGUUGGCACUGGAAUGCCCAAGGCCGCUAUUGAGAUUCCGCUUCAAGAGUAUAUGGUUAGCGGAAAGCAAUAUUUCGGUGCCGUUCAGGGUCAUAGCAAGCCCGAGGAAUAUAUUCCGAAGAUGAUACAGUGGUGGAAGGAUGGAACUUUCCCAGUUGAGAAACUGGUGAAAUUCUUUGAUGCUGCAGAUUUUGCAAAUGCUGUAAAGCUUAUGGGAAGUGGUGAUGUUGUCAAGCCUAUUAUUGUAUGGGAUAACUAG